AUGGAUAGAAUUGACAUGAGUCUGGACGACAUCAUCAAGACCAACAAAAAGAAACUAAAACAGGGAACAAAAGUCAUCGCUAACGGCAACAAUGGAAAUGCAAACAACGGUGGCCUUAAUAAUAAGAACAGAACAGGACCCAUUAGACCUAGAUCCACAGGGAAAAAAUUGACUCGACAGAAGGCCAACCCAUAUCCGGUAAGAAUCCAAACAGCUUCCAACCAAACCAAACGAACCGGUCCGUUUAAUGGGUCAUCUAUUCAGCACCGCUUAGGCACCGGUAAACCCCUUGUAAGUAGUGGUGUUGCAAGCAGAUUGUCUAUUAAAGGUGUUGCCGGUGUUAAGCAGUCUGAAUUCUCCUUCAAAGGUGAAGGCGGACCCGCUUCUAUUGUUAUCAGUAAUUUAGCGCCUGGUACAAGUGCUAAUGAUAUCAAGACUGUAUUUAUGGAAUUUGGCGAUAUUUCUACGGUAAACAUGAAAGAAGAAAGACCCUUCCGUGGAGCGCCUGUAACUGCCGAGCUCACCUUCGAAAGCAAGGCCUCUGCACUUUCUGCUAUAAAUAAAUAUAACACAGCUCUAGUAGAUGGUCGUGUGCUUAAAGUUCAAUUUAAGCAACCUAAUACCAAUACUGGUGCUGCCUCAUACCGAAUGAGAAACAAAUUCAAGCCACAGCUUGCUUCUUCCACACAGUAA